AUGGUUGAAACGCAGGCGCGCCUGGAUCAGGCACUACAGGAAGCUCAACCACGCACGUCCGAUCCGGCAAACACACUUGCAAAGAGUGGCUACAUCGUGGGAGAAACAAUUGGCCAAGGAUCGUUUGCAGUCGUAAAGAAAGCGUACUGGCCGAGGCGAAAUAAAACGGUGGCUAUAAAAAUUAUGUCUAAAGCACAAUUAAAGGAGCAGGUUCUGAACAAAUAUGUGCAACGCGAGCUGGAUGCAAUACGUUCCUUAAGGCAUGAACAUAUAAUCAAUUUUUACGAAAUAAUAGAAACCAAUAUGAGGAUUUAUAUAGUUAUGCAAUAUGCCGAAAAUGGAUCACUUCUGCAGUUGGUACGCAUGAAAACCAAACUUACGGAAGCGAGAGUACGUCGGUACUACCGACAAUUGAUCGAUGCCAUCCAUUACAUGCACUCGCGCUUUAUUGCCCAUCGGGACAUCAAGCUGGACAACAUUGUGCUUGACAAAAAUGAUCAGGUAAAAUUGGUCGAUUUCGGAUUUUCCUGUCGGGUGCGGCAUGACGGCAACGAUCAAUCCAGCUUAGUCCAACCGUACUUAUCAGAAUCCUGCUGCGGCAGUUACGCAUAUGCCAGCCCGGAGAUACUGUACUUCACAAAGCACGAUCCCAUACCGACCGACAUUUGGGCGUCCGGCGUUGUGGUAUACGCGCUAUUAUAUGGACAGCUGCCGUUCUCUAACGUCAAAGAUGCAAAAAUUAUGCGAGAGAUUAUAGGCAGAGGCGUAAAGUUUCCUUCGACAGUAAAGGUCACCGAUGAGGCGAAAUUGUUACUGAAGCAAAUUUUUGUCCCAGUAGCGCAACGUAUACCAGUUGAGAUCAUUAAACGAUCGCUAUGGUUUCAUUUGGAACUGACCGAAGAAUAA